CUACUACUACUGCUGCUGCUGCUUCGUCAGCGUCUUAUUCGGCCACGUCAUACCUACCCUCUAAGAUUUGCAGGAAUAGUAUUCGUUUGCAUUGUUAAACGCUGAUGCCUCGUAUUGUAUCACCAUAUAUACAUCGCUUAUGCCCUUCCUUCCCAAAGAUCUCACCCCUUGCAGUCAUUCUGGGUUUAGAGUGGUACACUAUACCUCUAUUUAAUUUUUUUAAGUCCCCUCGCUGUGGGAUCGGAUUCCUUGAGGAAUUACCUUGGUUCCUAAGUUCGCCUCGCAGGCGUUGAGGGUCCCCAGUCUGAAAACCAUGAUAAAUAGCAGCCCGCACUGUAUCAUCUGUGGUGCAAAGAUUCCAUAUCGUCAUCUCACAGUCUCUUGGAAAAGAAACUUUCGUGCAAGUCUGUGCUGAGCUGUCUUUCUAUCCUCGAUGCAGUGGAUUUAUCGGUUAGUACUUAUGAACUGACAUUUAUAUAGUUCGAUGUGAUGGUAAUUCUCAGUUAGAUGGGAAGCCUUUCAUUACAGGAGUGGGCAGCUAUGUCCCUCCAGAGAUCCUUCAUAACUGUGCUGCACCUUCUUCUGCAGAACAGCGAUGGGUUGAUAAUGACUUUAUUUUGUCAGAGGAGGACACAUUUCCUCCGCUGAUAGGUGACCGACUCCACCCGCAACCUGGGUUCCUCCUUCAUGAGUCGUGCUGGGAAUUACUACGAGGCAUGCUUCAUCCCCACGCCGUUCCUAUCCAACGUUUGUACGAUAUUUGCCUCUCAUGUCCAGCACACAUAGAAGGAUGGUUAGAUUGGGGCCAUAGCUAUGGUGGGCUCAUGGAUCGACAUCCCAUUGAGGGUUAUCCGUGGGAAGACGUAUAUAUUGCGGGCUAUAUAAAACGAUUCUUAUGGGACAAGAGUUCUCCCUUGACGUUAGCCACGUCAGAUCCGUCAGACGUAUUAGAGGUGCGACAAGCGCUUGUUGACUCUCAGGAUAGGCGAGAGAAUACGACAAUGACCAGUUCAAUAUCCUCAGUAUGGGUAACCACCGCUGACUGCUUUCAAAAGCUUCCUCAAGAGAUACUGGAGCAAAUCCAGAUGUUUCUACCCUCUCGCGGUGUUGCCAAUGUUCGUUUGGCAUCAAGGUCAUUUGCCAGCUUACCACUCACGCAGUCAUUCUGGGCUUCAAGGUUUGCUUGUCAUCAAGAGCGUGGAUAUUGCUUCGAGGCUAGGGAUCUACUAUAUAAUGGGGCUCAUGCACUGCGCAGUAGAGAUUGGAGGGCUGUCUACGAAGAAACGGCAGUGACAUCAGACUCAUCCAAUGAGUUAAAGAAUCGAAAGCGGAUCUGGGGUUACUUGAAGAACAUGGCAGAUCUAGUUCUUGACCAACCGUUGAGCAGUGAAGGGAUGAGCAGGGAGCUUGAACUAUGGCCAAAGGAGCCUGUAACAACGUGGAGACCAGUUGGAGGAGACUUUUCCGUACGAUCUAACGGAAACUCACCUUACCAAAUGAAAUGUAGGGUGAUAUAUGAGCAAACCAUCUCAAUCACCUCUUCGAUAAGAUCAAUCGGGGUUUCCUUUCGGGAACUAAGUGAUAAGAAAUAUGUCUCAGGUCUUCGAUUCGUACUUACAAACAAAGAACAGCUUGUGUUGGGCUAUGUCCUUCCACCUAAGGAGAAACACAUAGAGUUAAGCAGCGAAUGCUUCAACUUGAAUGGGUUCAUCGCCGCCAUCGGCCCUAGAGGUGUCAUGGCACUCCGUGUUGUAACCGGACAAGGAGAGAUAUCCAACUGGGUAGGCACGUCAGAAGGCUUGCCGCAGACAGCUCGCCUAUGUACCAAGAGAGCAAUCCACGCUUUGAGAGGUUCCUUCGAUGGUUUCAAAAUGGUAUCUUUAGCUGUUCCCACAGACCUUCAGCCUCUCUUCCCAGAUGAUACCGGAGGUGAACAUCUCCCCCUGCGAACUACAGGGCUUUGGUAUCCGGAGAUCCCUCCUUUAUCCUACCAUCUCCAAGAUGACAUCUUCGCUGGACGAAACAUAUCUCUCCAUGAAUACCGCCCACUUGUGUAUGUCAUGUUUGGCGGAAGACGGGGCAACCUCCUUAAAUACCUAACCCGCAUUUCAGUUACAGUGUCCAAUGCAGUAAUUGUGGGGAUAGACUUCUUCUACACAGAUCAUUCCCCCGUAAAGCAACUUCAAGCUUGCCCCUCAACAGCUAGCGGGGACGACUCCGUCAAGAUCCCCUUCCUAAUUGAUGGACCAGGAGGUGAGCGGUUAACAAGUCUCCAAUCGGACGGUGAUUUCUUCCGAACGUCUGCUGGCUACUGGUCGUACAGAAUAAGAAUAACAUCGUUGAAGAUAACGACAAACACAAAGCCGAAGCCCUUCAUCUUCCAACCAAGUGCUAUUCCAGCCUUGAAACUCCCCGCCGGAGGCUUUCCUCCUCAAAAGUCCAAGAAAUCAGAAAUACUACCCGGUACUACCUUGACGGGUAUGUAUUUCAUGUAUGAUUCUCAGUUUGCUAUGAGCAGUAUUGGACCCAUUUCUGAGGACUUGAGUGAAGGUAACAUUUCGCAAGACACUCGCUUAGAAGAAGAGAUACAGGCGCGAAUUUUGGGAAAGAAGCAAACCCCAGGGUGAUUAACAAGCCUUAGUAGCUCAACUUUCAUACCCUACAAUAUGUUCACACAAAUAUUACUAUUUAAUGAAAUUCUGUU